AUGCUGUCCCAAACUCUUGGACUUGCCGUCCUUGCUCUCCCUCUCCUGGCUGAAGCCUCGAAGGAUUGUUCAAAGGCAACCUUCCAGAAGGUCAUCCCCUCCAAUUCAACCUUCAACUAUGUCACCAAGGUCGCCGAAGGAGGUACAUUUACUGAUGCCGAAGCCAAUGCCAAUGCUACUGGUCUGCCCGAGGGAUGCGCUGUAAGCGUCAAGGUCCCGACCCCUGGCAACUCGUCCUACAACAUGGCCAUCUACAUGCCGAACAAAUGGAACUCUCGCAUCAUUACCACUGGAAAUGGUGGAUAUGGUGGAUUCACCAACUGGCAAGAUCUUGGCCAGUACUCUCAUUACGGCUUCUCCGCCAUCACCACUGAUACGGGUCACUUCAACCCAAAUGUACUGGAUUCGACCUUUGCCCUCAACAAGGGCUCUCUCGAGAACUGGGGAUGGCGCGCUAUGCACGGCUCGGUCCUCGUCGGCAAAGCAUUGUCUGCUGCCUACUAUGGCCAGACUCACAAAUUCUCCUACUAUUCUGGUUGCUCAACAGGUGGUCGCCAAGGACUGAAGGAGAUGCAGGUCUCGCCCGAUGCAUUCGACGGAGUCUUCGUCGGAGCUCCAGCCUGGUGGAUCCCCCACUUGAGCAUCUGGACCAGUCAAGCCACUCUUGCCAACCUUCCUCAGAAUUCUGAUCACCACAUCUCCGCUGCAUUGGCCAAUGUUAUCAACGAUGAGAUCCUCAAGCAGUGUGAUCCUCAAGAUGGUGUAACCGACAAUGUCAUCAUGAAUCCUGCAGGCUGUGUCUUCAACCCUCUGACCCUUCUGUGCGAGGGAGCCGCUAACGCUUCUGCUUGCAUCACCCGUCCUCAGCUCGACACUCUGUACAAGGCCCUUCACGACUGGACCUACUUUGACGGUACCUUGAUCUUCCCUGUACCCAGUCUUGGAACACCCCUCGUAGCAUACAUUGGCGACUCUCCCAUCCCGAACCCUAUGGGAACUGGAGCGAUCGAACACAUGCUGCUGAACACCACCGAGCCCUACGAUUGGAGCACCUUCAACGAGAGCGUAGUUCGUCUCUCUGAAGCCAUCGACCCAGGUCACGGUACUCCGGACAACUACGACUUGUCGACCUUCCAGAAGAGAGGCGGCAAGGUCAUCCACUGGCACGGUGAAGCUGAUCCCAUCAUCCCUUUCAGGUCGAGCUCGUACUUCUACAGCCAAGUCGCCUCUUCUGUCGCACCUCACGACAUCGAGAUGGACAGCUUCUACAAGUUCUUCCCCAUCGCUGGAAUGAGUCACUGUUCUGGCAGUCAAUACUCUCCUUGGUACAUCGCUGGCGCUACUCAACCUUUGACUAACGUCAGCCAUGGUGUUCCUGGCUUCGAUGAUGCUCAGCACAAUGGUUUGCUUGCUUUGAUGCGCUGGGUCGAGAACGGCACUGCCCCGGAGCAAUUGGUUGCGACCAAGUACAACAAUGAUGACCCUACCAAGGGCGUUUACCGUCAAAGACCUCUUUGCCCUUUCCCCAAGCAGCCUAUCUAUACUCACGGAAAUGUGGACUCUGCAAGCAGUUGGAAGUGCUCAUGA